AUGGAUAAGGUAGUAAUUCCUUGCUCUCACGACCACCUUAAAAACUUACCGCCAUCACCCAGUACGCCUUCUUCUUCCCACAUAUUUGAAGUUAGCUUCAUUCGCAAAGUUUUUAAAAGAUUGAUCAUAUGUGAUCUUAACGGCGAAGAAUUAGCCAUCACACCACUUCGUCCAUGUCCUUCCCGCAGUGUAUCUUUCCCCUAUAACCCAUUUUGUCCUUCUUGUCGCUCAAAACUCGUAACCUUCUUAUUGUCUGUAGGAGAUAGUGUACUGAAUUCAAAUGCUUUUGUGGUAACUAUACCAGUCGGGGUCGAAAAAUUGCUAGACGAAAACCGUGAUAACCUUCGUCCUAAUGAGAUAACAAAUUAUGUUAUCGCAAUGGAUCGUAUAUAUAGUAGAAGGCGUUAUUGUAGUGAUGAAGAGGCUAGGGCGUUGCUGGAGAGCGAGGCGGUGGAUUCAGAGGCGGUGAAACCUAGUCCGGCUAGCGAGGCAGCUAUCGAGGCGUUGGAAAGGUUGGAUGGUGGAGGAAAAGAGGUUGAUUGUUCUAUUUGUCUUGAAGAGGGAGGUACGAUGAUGAGCGUAAGGUUGCCUUGUAAGCAUGUGUUUCAUGAAGGUUGUAUUGUUAAGUGGCUUCAUCAAAGUAAUGUUUGCCCUCUUUGCCGCUACAAGUUGCCGGUUGACGAUGUUAUUGUUUAA